CCUCCUCCUCUUUGGAGUCCAGCCCAGCACAGGCCAACCCGCGGUCUCUCCCAUUUCCAAUUCACAAUCUCAAGAGUAUCGAGAAAGGACCCCCAAAAAGCGAGCACGCAGAGAUCUAGCCAUUCCCCGUUCCUCUUCCCUUACUCCAACCAAACUUCUUCUUCUUCUUCUUCUUCUUCUUCUUCUUCUUCUUCUUCAGAAGGGGGCACUGUGAUGGCCGGCUACAGAGCUGAAGAUGACUACGACUACCUCUUUAAGGUGGUUCUGAUUGGAGAUUCCGGCGUGGGCAAGUCCAAUUUGCUCUCCAGGUUCACCAAAAACGAGUUCAGCCUCGAGUCCAAGUCCACCAUUGGGGUUGAGUUUGCUACUCGCAGCUUGAAUGUCGAUAGCAAGGUCAUCAAGGCCCAGAUUUGGGAUACUGCUGGCCAGGAAAGGUAUCGUGCAAUAACCAGUGCUUACUAUCGAGGCGCAGUAGGUGCACUGCUUGUCUACGAUGUCACACGACAUUCCACUUUUGAAAACGUCGAGAGGUGGUUAAGGGAGUUGCGAGACCAUACAGAUCCUAACAUUGUCGUCAUGCUUGUUGGUAACAAGUCAGACCUCCGACACCUAGUGGCAGUAUCAACAGAGGACGGAAAAUCUUUUGCUGAGAAGGAGUCUCUCUAUUUCAUGGAAACUUCAGCACUGGAAGCAACCAAUGUCGAAAACUCAUUCGCCGAAGUCCUUACACAAAUCUAUCACAUUGUAAGCAAGAAGUCCAUGGAGGCUGGCGAUGGCGCUGCUGCUGCUGCCACAGUUCCUUCAAAAGGAGAUAAAAUCGACGUCGGUAAGGACGUAUCCGCUGUAAAGAAGGCUGGCUGCUGUUCGAGUUAGGCUCUUGAUUUGCAUUCUUUUCGAUGCGGCUGAUUCGAUAUUGCUGCAUCCUUAUGCGCACCAUAGUUGAGUAGCAAUUCUUCAGAGAUGUCUUGAAUAGGAUAUUGAUAUUGCCUGGAUUUUAUUUACUUUCCAAUAUAUUAUGGUCUUCAAAUUUUAAGUUUGAUCUCACCGAGAGAGCUAUUGAUUUCA